GCUGCGUUUGCGCCUGGGCACCCCGCUUCUCAGACGCCUCAGCUUCUCUGGGACUAAGAGGCGGCCACCCCGCGCUGGGACUGGGACUGUAGCGCAAAGGAAACUGAGGCGGGAGGUCGGCCCGGGAGGCUGCCUGGCGGAGGCGGCGCCGGCUCCGAGUGGGCGGGGCUUCCCUGGCGCCGCCCCCAACCGCCCCCGCCCCGAGCGCUCCGCUCCGGCUCGCGGCCAGGCGCGCGGCCGCCAGUGCUGCCGGCUGCGGGCCAUGGACGCCCCCGGGGCCCCGGCCCCGACCCCCGCCCCGGGCCCGGGCAGGAAGGAGCUGAAGAUCGUGAUCGUGGGCGACGGCGGCUGCGGCAAGACCUCGCUGCUCAUGGUGUACAGCCAGGGCGCCUUCCCCGAGCACUACGCCCCGUCGGUGUUCGAGAAGUACACGGCCAGCGUGACCGUGGGCAGCAAGGAGGUGACCCUGAACCUCUACGACACGGCCGGCCAGGAAGACUACGACCGGCUGCGGCCCCUGUCCUACCAGAACACGCACCUCGUGCUCAUCUGCUACGAUGUCAUGAACCCCACCAGCUACGACAACGUCCUUAUCAAGUGGUUCCCUGAGGUCACGCAUUUCUGCCGUGGGACCCCCAUGGUGCUCAUUGGCUGCAAGACAGACCUGCGGAAGGACAAGGAGCAGCUGCGGAGACUCCGGGCCGCCCAGCUGGAGCCCAUCACCUACACGCAGGGCCUAAGCGCCUGCGAACAGAUGCGAGCUGCACUCUACCUGGAAUGUUCCGCCAAGUUUCGGGAGAACGUGGAGGACGUCUUCCGAGAGGCGGCCAAGGUGGCCCUGAGCGCUCUGAAGAAAGCACAGCGGCAGAAAAAACGCCGGCUCUGCCUGCUGCUCUGAUCCCCGAGCGUGUGGCCUUCGUGACAGCACUGACAGGGCCGGGCCCCCAGGCCCAGACUGCCGGGAUCCUGCUGCACCUCCGGCGACUCUCCUGCACCUGCCGUCUGGGGCCUGCAGCUAGACUUUUGGAACAUUCUGGAACUCUCUCCUUUCCCAGCUGGGGCUCUGACCACAAGCUCAGCUCCAGGCUUACACUGGAUCGUGGUAGUGAUGAGGGUUCUGGAUCCUCUUCCCUUUGUACCCCGGAGCCAGCGUUUGUCCCUAGGCCCCGGGAGUGCACCCAUCCCAGCCUGCGCCAGCCACGUGUGCACCCCGUUGCAGACCCGACUUAUGCUUAAAAGUAAAUCCACAUCUGGGAGUGGGCGCAUGUGGGUCUGGCGUCGCUCCACACGGGCACCCCGCCGCUCCUGCCACCCGCCUGCCUGGGCUCCCGAGAUAGCCACGGCUGCAUCCUCCAGCUUUUCCUUCCUUCCCACGGGAACUCGGGGCAUGGCGGGGCCGGGCGUAUCGGGAGAACACAGGCAGCAGCCCGGAUGAGGGCCUGGCACAACCCCCAGCCCCCGCUGCCCCACAUGGAAGACGUCAGCCUCGGGCUUCGGCUUGGCCACCACCCCUGCGGAGCUGGGGGUGGGUGCACUGGGGGAGAGGACAAGGUCUCUGAGCAGUGAGACCUACACCCUGUACCGGCCGUCCGCCCGCCAUGCGAGGUCUCGUCCAACCCCCCAGUGUCGGAGACUCAGUGGAAAAUGCCAUCAGCUCUUUGUGUGAUCUUGGGCAAGUCUGUUCCCUCUAGAAUGUCCUCACCUGCAACACGACAGGAUUGGCUCAUUUAAACAGUCGCCCAGCUACCUACCUGUUGUCCCUCACAGCCUCCGCUUCUGUCAGAACAAGACAUCCUGGAGCCUCGACCAUCCUGGCCUCCUUUGAGAACUGACAUGAUCAACCCCCUGCGCCUGCAAGAUGGCUUCUCAAAACUGGUCCACAGACUGCCCUGUGAGCAACAGCCAAACACCUGAGCCCGGAACUUCCUGGCAGCUCUGGGGUCCGGGAGCUAGGACUGUUUGAACAAGUGCCCCAGGUGAUUCUAAUGCCCACCAGAGACCGAGAGCUGGCCCUGCUGGAGUGAGCCUUAGAGUCGGUGUUGCCUAAGGUGGGAUAAUGGCUUUAGGUGGCAUCCGCCCUCCCCACCAUCUCCUGCCUCAGCCCUCCUUGCACAGAGCUGGGGCCUCAACUAAACCUGAGCUUUUCAGAAGUCAGGCUGCCAAGGGAGGAGACUGAACCCCACCCCAGCUGGGUUCCCCAAGGCCCUGCCGUCCCAUGGGGAAUCAACCAAGGACCUGUUGUUCUGGAAGAAUCCAAGGCCUUGUGGACAGAUGAUGGUCUAAGGGAAAAGUCAGCAAACUACAGUCUAUGGGCCACAUCUGGCUAUGGCCUGUUUUUGUAAAUAAAGUUUUAUUGGAACACA